ACACUAAUCAUCUAUAUUUUACAUGAUCAGAAAGUUCGAAAGGGCACCAAUGGCGCAGUUUCUGUAGAAGGCCUUCUAGCAGCUGCCGCAGCUGGCUUAGUUAUAGGAUCGACUUUUGUAUUGGUCGGUUGGCUCUCAGUUUCAUGUGGUACUCAUGUUGUGCGGAGAGAGCUGCUUGCAGUUCCUAUUGCUGCAAUUGCUGGGCUUUGCGGAAGCCUAAUUGAUUCUAUAUUGGGUGCAACGCUCCAAUUUAGUGGAUUUUGCACUUUGCGGAAGAAAGUGGUUGGAAGAAAAACACCUACUGUAAUCAGAAUUUCAGGAAUGGAAGUUCUUGACAACAAUGCGGUGAAUGCUGUGUCUGUUUUAAUAACAACACUUCUUACAGGUAAGGAGACAUCUCAGUCAAAAAGAAUACAGAAUGCAUUAGUCCAUAAUGAAAGAGACUCAAAAGUGACCAAAAUCAAGAUGCAUGUACGAAAAUAUAUUAGGUAUAUAUUCCUUAUUAGGGAUGUUAAAUAAAUUAGCUGUUUAUAUCUGGUUGUGUUUGGCUCUAUAAUUAGUUUAUUUUUGACUAAUUUUUAUAUAUUUAUUUAUUGGGCGAGCUAAAAACAAGUAAGCUUGUUUAAUUGUGUUUUGUUCUGUAGUAGCUCUAUUAUGUGUAUUUAUAGAUAAAAUAUUUAUUUAUAUUUAUGUCGUGACAUAUAUUCUAAA